AUGGCUAACAAGAUAAAUUUAAAUUAUGAAGAUGAUUAUGAAGUAUCAAAUUCUGAAGAUGAAUACACAGAACAUCAAAAAAAACUUCUGAAAAAAGCUCGGAAAGGAAAAAAACAAGAAAGCGAUGAAGAAGAAAUUUUUGGAUUUGAUGAAGAGAGUUCUGAACCAGAAAAGUUUGAAGCUGAAAGUGAUAUUGAAGAGCAAGCUGAUGAUUAUGAUGAUUACCUUCCAGACGAAAGAGCUUGGGGUAAAAAGAAAUCAAGUUUUUACAACACUGAUUUUCAUGACAAAGAUUAUCGCGGAUACACCGAGCAGGAGGAAGAAAUCGCAAAUCAGGAACAAGCUGAAGCUCUUCAAAUUCAAAAGCGUUUAGCAACAGAACUUAAUGAUGCUGAUUUCAAUCUUGACAUGUUUGCACUUCCUGAAACACAGCCAACAGUUGAAAAUGAUCCAAAAAUCAAGAAAACCAAAACUGAUUUGUCCGAUUUGAGCAGGAAGCAAAAGUUAGCUUUAUUCAAAACAGAAGCUCCAGAAUUUGAUCAACUGACACAAGAUUUUGAUGAAAGAUUCUCUGAAAGUAAAGAAAUGCUAAUUCCAGUAUUAAAUCUCAUCAAAUCGUUUAAUCUACCGACUCAUCCAUUAUUUGACUUCAUUGAAUGUAGAAAUGAGCUGAAUCUCAAUUAUUGCACAAACAUUUCAUUCUACCUGAUGCUUAAGGCAAAACGAACAAAAGUUCAUAAUCAUCCAGUUGUCAAACGUCUUAUUCAAUUUCGUCAACUUAUUUGUCAACUCGAUGAUAUUUACGAAUAUGUCGUAAAACCUCAACUUGUUAUUCUUACCAACGAAGCCGAAAACAAUGAUAAACGUGAAAUUCUUGAAAAUCUUAAGAAACGAUUAGAUGAUACAGAAGUCUGUGAAGGUGGCUCAGAGGAAGGAGAUGAAGUCGUUCAACCACUUUUCACUCACAAGUAUUCAUCAGAGAGCGAAGAAGAAAAAGAAGAGGAAAAUAAUAUGGAAGUUGAAGCUGUGAAACGCGAAAUUACAAGACAAAUUGCUAAGAAUAAAGGAUUAACAGCAACGAAAAGAAAAGAAUUACGCAACCCAAGAGUUAAGAAUAAGAUGAAGUUCCGGAAGGCAGUCAUUCGUCGCAAGGGUGCUGUAAGAGAAGUGAAGUCGAAAGUAGAUCUUUAUGGUGGAGAAACAUCCGGUGUGAAGACUCAUCUUAAACGAAGCAUAAAACUGAAGUGA